AUGGCGGCAGUGCUAAUCCGGAUUUCUCUCCUUGUGGGUCUCCUGGCAGGUCUGGGGCACACCGAGGCCCAGCAGACCACCCUGCACCCGCUCGUGGGCCGCGUCUUUGUACACACCCUGGACCACGAAAACUUCCUGCACCUUCCUGAGCUCGUCGUCGCUGUCCCAGCCACCGUCCCUAUCACCUACCAUGCCCACCUCCAGGGACACCCAGACCUGCCCAGGUGGCUCCGCUAUGCCCAGCGCAGCCCCCACCAGCCUGGCUUUCUCUACGGCACCGCCACCCCAGCAGAUCGCGGACGCCAGGUCAUUGAGGUCACAGCCUACCAUCGGGACAGCUUUGCCACCACCCGGCAGAGGCUGGUGCUGUUGAUUGGAGACCCAGAAGGCCCCCUGCUACCAUACCAGGCUGAGUUCCUUGUGCGCAGCCAUGAUGUAGAGGAGGUGCUGCCCUCGACACCUGCCGGCCGUUUCCUCACAGCCUUGGGGGGGCUCUGGGAGCCAGGGGAACUCCAGCUGCUCAACAUCACCUCUGCCUUGGACCGUGGGGGCCGAGUCCCCCUUCCUAUCGAGGGCCGCAAGGAAGGGGUAUACAUCAAGGUGGGCUCCGCCUCACCCUUCUCCACCUGCCUGAAGAUGGUGGCAUCCCCCGACAGCCAAGCUCGCUGUGCCCAGGGCCAGCCUCCACUGCUGUCCUGCUAUGACACCUUGGCGCCUCACUUCCGAGUUGACUGGUGCCAUGUGUCGUUGGUGGACAAGUCAGUGCCAGAGCCUGCAGAUGAGGCACCCACGCCAGGUGAUGGGAUCCUGGAGCACGACCCGUUCUUCUGCCCACCCACCGAGGCCACAGCCCGAGAGUUCCUGACCGACGCACUGGUCACCCUCCUGGUGCCCCUGCUGGUGGCCCUACUGUUCACCCUGCUGCUGGCCUAUGUUAUGUGCUGCCGGCGGGAGGGACGGUUGAAGAGAGACCUGGCCACCUCUGAUAUCCAGAUGGUCCACCAUUGCACCAUCCGCGGGAAUACAGAGGAGCUGCGGCACAUGGCAGCCAGCCGAGAGGUGCCCCGGCCACUCUCUACCCUGCCCAUGUUCAACGUGCGCACAGGCGAGCGGCUGCCCCCGCAAGUGGACAGCGCCCGGGUGCCUCUCAUCCUGGACCAGCACUGAGGGCCCACACAGAGCAGCCACGACCCAUGGCCACAUCUUUCCUUCUGACUCCAGCUCCUGUCCCAGUGGACCCCCGGCUUGGAAUAAGCAGAG